CGAAACUGCGCUUAAUUGCGGUCAGCAGUAACAAUCCACCCAGAACUCUUUAAGAUUGCGCGCUUUCACCGCGAAUUUUUAAAAAACAACAAUGGACUCGUGCUGUUCUUCGAUUAAAAUGUUUUCAUGGCAGAAAGACAUAUGGGAAAAUUUUGAGGAAUACAAAAAAGACACGCGCUCGGGAUGGAGAUGUGUGAGUUCAAAUGCACUUUUCGGCAAAACCAUUAAAGAGGUGAUGAAUUCUGGAAAGUCUUUGUCAAGGGUGCAAUGGAGCCUUUCCAAUCCAGAUGGAAUUUCAUACGCCUUUGAUGGAAUUCCAUUUAUUUGUAUUGGAACAUUGAAUUAUCAUUGUCAUCAAGGUGAAGAUAUUGAUAAAAGUACGAAAAUAAAAAGAGCAAAGGAAAGAGAUGAAAAUGAGGGUCACGAUCACACGUUUAGAAAACGGAAAAAACAUUUUCAACCUACCAAAAAAAUUGGAUGUCCGAGCAAAGUAUAUAUGUCACGGAUUUUUAAAUUCCCACAGUACAAGGUUGAGGUUUCCUCUGGUGCUAUAAAACCACGAAGAAAAAUGCAAGAAAGAACAUCCUUACUGAAAACGCGUUGA